CCUCAUGCGCAAUCUCAUCCCCUCGAGGGUACAGGGGUUGCACGGACUUACCAUAGACGAACCCCCACCCUCAGAACGGCACGCGUCUACAGGCUACCCUCAACCAGUCGCUUCGCAGACCCCAACUAGACUCCAUACCCCCUACGUCAUCACAGCUGUAAACCGGGAUGCUAGGGGAUGACUGCUAGAGCUUCUCAGACUCAGCCACCCGACUCUAGCACACCACAGGUUAAAGCGCCAAACCGCCGAGCGAACAAACCACUGAUGGAGAAGAGGAGGCGGGCGAGGAUCAACCAGUCGCUCGCCGUGCUUAAAAGCCUCAUACUCGACUCGGCCAAGCUUGAAAAUACGAAACACUCCAAACUGGAAAAGGCCGACAUACUCGAACUCACUGUGAGGCACUUGCAGAGGCAAAAAGCACUCAACUCGAGCUCCGUCGACAAGUACAGGGCCGGAUUUAUCGAAUGCGCGAGAGAAGUGACAAGAUUUUUAGAGAGCCCGGAGCUCGGAGGUUGCGGAAAGCCUUUGAUCGAGAAUUCAGUCCGCCAGAGACUCACGAGGCACCUGGAAUCGUGUGCGGCCGAGAUCGCCCUCGACUUUGCCUCGUCCUGCGUCGAACCGCUCAAACCGAUCGACUGCGAGACGGAAAGGCGACUCCGCCAGCUCGAAGAGCUGCUCGUCAACACUGAGGAAGACGAGGAGAGCUGCGCCGCCGGGACGAGGCCCGACUCAUCGACCAACACCCCCGGAGACGAGAACAACAAUUCGAACAACGCAGGGGCGGGCGGGGACAAGAGGCCGAAGAAGCCCCGUCCGAAGGGUCAGGUCGAAUCCGGUCCCGCCUCCACCAGCGCCAACCCCGUCUCGCUCCUCCAGGUCAUACCGUCUCGCCUGCCCGACGGUCAGGUCGUCUUCCUCCUCCCAAGCCACUAUGUCCAACUGUCCAAAGACGACGAGAAAGAAAAAGGGCAAGAAAUGCCCAUAGACUUCAGCGUCAAGAAAGGAGAAGAGAUCAAAGAAGAAGAAGAAGUAUGGAGGCCCUGGUGAAAAUGAGAAGUUUCGAUUUCAGUUGUCCAUAUCUCAACCAAGCACACCUCAGUUCAUUAUUAUUAACUGUUAUACGUCUAAUCAUUAAAUUAGUUUGUUGAAGUCGUGAGGAGCGGUCAGGAAAGAGGUAGCUUAGAAAAACCGGGGGUCGACAUCUUCCACAAGAUUGUACAGAUUUGAGUUUUGAAGUUUGGCACACACAGAUUCAUUCCCAAGGUUGGGUGGUUUAUCAAACGUACACAUUCCUUCCCACGCUGCUUCUACAUUGACGUAUUGGUCGGGGUGUAAUAUACUGCGCCAUUUAAGACCUUUUGUAUCCCCCGUUCUGUGGCUGUAGCACA